AUGAGGCUAAUUUCCUACGUUUUGUUUUUGUUUUGCUCUUUCGGGGCAAAAUUUGUCAAAGCAGCUCCCACAUUGGAUUUAGACACAUACGAUCCAGAGGAAUUCACUCUCACAUUACAACGACAGUCCGAUUAUAGCAUAGAGCAAUUUACACCUAAGUCUAACGAUCAGAUUACAAGAGUUACCUCUUCGGGAUUUGAACUUUAUGGAGGUGAUGGUUCAGAUACUGUGUCAACCGUCAAUGUCUACUCUGUUAGAUCAGUUCCUCAAAUGGUACAAAUCAAUUUGAAUUCUGGCACUUCAACUCAUUUCCAGAAGAAAGGCAAUGAAUAUCAAGAAGUUGACGAGAACCAAUUUUCUCAAUUGAAGGGUAAAUUGGACGAUGGCUCUUUCACCGCAAAUUUGAACUUCACACUCAAUCUUGAAUCUAAGUUUACACCCAGGAACUUGUUCACUAAAAAGGAGCAUUUGGUUGAUGGUGUGAACACCUUGGUAUUCACCCCUGAAUCACAACCACAAAUUACAUUGGUGAAGGAGGGACCCUUUACAGUGGCCACCGCUGGCACUAAUGAGCAUUUUACCAGGGUUACAGUAAGUCUUAACCGUCAAAGAAUGUCUCUCGCAUUAGUUGAGUCUUCUAACAACGGCACAUCACACGCCUAUUAUUUUCAUAAGACAUCUUCAUGGAAACAAGUUGACAAGGCUGAGUACGAAAGACUUUUGAAUGCGUUACAUCCAGUAGACGUUUAUGAAAAGGUUACUCUUGACAUCACUAGUCCAAACGAUCAACAUUUCCAACAAGAAAGGGACUACGAUGGCGGCUUGACGGAGACUGUGUACAACCCAAAGGUUGGCUACGAAGUGAAAAAGGUUACAUCUGGAAGCACUGAACUCUGGAGCUCAAACGAAAACAGAUCUUCAAAGGUGGUUGUUUUCUCAACCAAAGAUGGCGUUAAACUUGUAAAAGUUGAACUAAAAAAUCCCGAAGGAAAUGCCACAAAUGUCUUUUUGUUUGAAGAUCAGGGAACAUUCAGUGUUGUGAAUGAAAUGGAAUUCAGUGAUCGCGUACAGAAACUUAAGAAUGAGCUGUCCAAACAAAGAGGACAACCAACAAGUUCAGGUACUCUUGAUGUCGCCAGCCCCAACCUUUCCGAAUUCCACGUUGUUAAAAGAUUAUUUAAGGGCGUUCACUACAAAGAGUUUUCCAGAAUUGAUGGUCACAGCAUUCCCAAGGUUGAGUCCUCUGGUACAGUCGUGUUUGAAUCCACAUCAAAUGUUGCAGUCACCCAUGUAAACGUGUUCAUGAAAAAUGGAGUUCCAUCAAUGUAUCAAGUUUCAGGAGUAUUUGCAAAUUACGACUCAUUUAACAGUCUUUUGAAAUUGGAUCAGGGCACCCCUGUAGCAGUAGACAGCACUGAAUUUAACGAGUUCAUUAAAACUGCCACUCAACCACCAAAUAUGUUCACAAAACUCUCAGUCAAUCUUGCAAGCCCUGAACAAGAUAACGUAGCCGUUUACACUUCAAAAGUAUACGGGCUCGACAACACGGUUGCACAGGCACACGAUGGCUACUACUUCAAUGAGGUCACCUUCGGUGAAAGACAUGUGUGGAGCGCCGAUGACCACUCAGGAGUUUCUGUCACUCAAGCAGUCGCAUUCAGAAACAGGGCAGUAGCAGAUGAGUUCAAACUUUUGGAACUAGAGGGCUUCAAGAAUGGCACCUAUGUAACUUUCUAUUACGAGAAGCUUUUGGGCGGCUGGAAUAGUAUUGACCAAGCCACGUUCCAGAACAAGUUCCGCCUGUUGAAGUUCCCAGAUAUGGCAGUGCCUCCGUCUGAAAGACAAGUACGUAAACACGGACCAGACUUCGUACUCCCACCUGUAACACCAGAAGAGACAGGUGAACCGACGGUUACAGAGCCGCAAGAGGAACUACCCGGAGCUCCAACUGGUCCAGAAGAGGAAGUCGUUCCAACAGUUCCAGAGACACCAAUGGCAUUACCACCUGCACCAACGGAACCAGAAACUCAAGAGCCACCAACUGGUCCAGAAGAGGAAGUCGUUCCAACAGUUCCAGAGACACCAAUGGCAUUACCACCUGCACCAACGGAACCAGAAACUCAAGAGCCACCAACUGAAGUACCUGCAUCAAAACAACUCGAGGUUGUUCAUCUCGAUACCGAACAUCUGGAUGAAUCCAAGGUAUCGAUGAUCGCAGGAACUGACCAAGGCUACUACUUCAAAUCAUACUCCCCAAAGGAUGAUGUUUACAUCGGUAGCGUUAAAGGACCCAAUGGAUUCACGUUCGAUGGCAGAGGAGGAAGACUCGUCACUUUGGCUAAGUUCUUCUGGGUGCACUCGAGACUCAUUGGAGCAACCCUUUUCACCGUUUCCGUCAACAGACAGGGACCUUUGGAAUACUACUACACGUAUGAUAACAACGAAUGGAAUUACAGCACGAGCAUGACUAAACUAACCGAACGCAUAGCCAACGAAACUGCAUACACAGAAGAUCAGAAGGCAGACCUGGUGAAUUUGUACAACCAAACCCAGAAGUUGAAUGAAACUCUUGAAAAACUCAAGCAAAUGGAAUUGAAGGCGGCAGAGAAGAGAAGGAAACAGGAAGAGAAGGAAAACAAGGUCGUCGUGCCCAAAAAACUCAGCCACAAGACGAGGCUGUACAACGAAAUGGUGGAUAUGGACCAGGUCCCAGUACCAAAGACUCCCGAAGCAGUUGAGGAGACUGAGGAGGAGCUUGAAAAGAGAAGGCAGUCCUACGCCGGCGGAGACAAGAUCCUCGUCGAGUCCGAGUUGCUAUACUUCGAACUAUCUAACCCCAAAACUAACAACUACGUUCACACCAAGGACUACACCUGCAUGGGUCUCCCCUCGGUUGACGUAACGCCGUUCGCAGGAAGAUUCGUACACGUAGUAUCAUUGCACGGAAAGAGGAUCUGGGUGAGCUCCAACAACAAAAGAGCCACAAACUUGCAGCUGUUCUACGCUGACGAGCAAAUCGUAGGGGCGCUUCUCAAGGUCACGUCGGUGGUGAGAGGCACGACGAUCACCGGAGAGGAGUUCGAUUACCUCUUCGUCAAGGACGGGGAGCUCCAGAAGGUCACCGUCAACGACUUCAUGAACCUGGCCAACACCAGAUUCCAGUCGGCAGCGCUCGUAAGCAUUUCCAAAUUACCCCAAGGACCUCAAGCGUCCCAAAUACCCCAACCAGCCUAA